AUGGCAACCUGUUCCCAGAGCUCUGCUUGUCCCCUAUCCCCUCUCAAUCAAGGAGAGCUGGGACCCACUCUUCCAGCAACUGCCAAUGAGUCAAGAAUCCUCAAACCCAAGGUCUUUGGGGAAAUUCUCCUCAGCCAAGCAAUGUCCCUCAUCCUGGGAUUACAGAACCAAGUCCUCUGGCUCAAGCAGGAACUCAAGGAAACCAAGGAAGCAACCAAGGAAGCCCAAGAUUGGAUGGGCGCAGUUGAUCAAGCCCUCAUUUUCAUCAAGGCUAGGGUUGUUGGCUCUGACAGAGCCCCCCACACACCAGAAGACCAGAAACCCCAGACAGUCAAGGCCACACCCAGGCCCAUACCAAAAACCAACCCUCUACCAGCGCCUAGUGCACCCCUUGUUGCCUGGGCCAACCCCACCAAAGCUCCCCCCAUCUUUGCACAGCCAACCCCUAUCCAGGCUCCCCCGCAAGGCUAUACUCCCCCUCCACCUUUGCCCAUCAGGCUCUGUUCCCCCCAAGUCCCUCAACCAAUGGCUUCAAUAGCCGCAUACCAACCCCCAGUUAAGGUAGAUCACCCCAAUGCCUAUACUGGGAAGAUAGGGAACAAAGCCUGCCAGUGGCUCACACAAAUGCUGGCAUGGGUACAUCUGAAUCAACAGAUGUUCCCUGUGGAUCAGGAGGUGCUAUCCUUCCUCCUGAUGAACAUGAAGGACAUGGCAGGAGCCUGGGCUCAUCCUCACCUUGACCAACUUGGGUCCCACAGGGCCCUGAUUCAAAUAGUUGACAAUUUCAGGACGGAGUUUUUGGCUGCAUUUGGUAACCCAGAUGCCACGCAAGCCGCCAAGCAGCAAAUCACCCACCUCACUCAGACAGGUACCUGUGCUGAGUACAUUACAAAAUUCAGGACCAUUGCCAUGGACCUGGAUUGGAACAAUGCUGCCCUUUGUGGGCAAUUUGCAUGUGGCCUCCACUGGGAGGUCAGCUGUCUCAUUGCUACCUGUGAACAGCGCCCUACCACCCUCCUUGAGCUGCAAAAUGCAGCCCUAGUCAUCAACAAUGCCCUCCAUGAAGAACGCGCCAGCCACCUGCCAAAGGGUAAUAAGCCUGGCUUGUCCAACACUACCCCCAACAGGGGGGCAGGUACCAGCCAACAGGCCACAAGACCAGGUUGCCUGUCCAGCAAUCCUAACUUUGUCUCCAAGGAGGAGCAAAACUGCUGCAGGGCUGAAGGCCUUUGCAUUAAAUGCAGUAAAACAGGGCACAAGUUUGUGGGAUGCCACACUGGCUGGAAGGCCACUCCUAAGGAGGAAGGCAUCAAAAAAGAAGCCACCAAAGUUGGCAAAGAGUCAGGACCCAAAUUGGGAAAAGACUAA